AGCGCCGCUGACCCAGAUUGCCACGCAGGCCGAUGGCUAAACAUACACGACUGCGCGGCCCCCGACUCGCCCGGGCACGCGUGCCUCGCGCCCAUGGCGGAGUGCGCGGAGUCGUGGGACGCCAUCUUCUUCGAGAUGGGCUUCGAGGUCGACCUCCUCGCAAGCGUCGCGCCGGGCAUGUGGGUCGUGCCGUGGUUCGGCGACGGCGUGCAUGUGCGGCAGGGAGGGUUUCCGGGAACAGCGAGUAAUUUGGUCGGUCCGGCCGCGAGCACCACUAUCGUGCCGCUGUACGAUGCCCUUAGUGCUGCGGGCGUUACCCUCAGCUACGUCCCGCCGCCAAACAUAUUCCCGACAAUCACGGGAAACUCCACUGUACCCCAGACAUCCAGCACGACGAUGCCCUCUGGGACUACAACCAUGACGCCUGGGACUACCACGACUUCUGCGACAACCACAACAACGCCCAGCACGACCGCGACGCCUGGUACGACCACGACACCUGGCACCACAACCACGCCUGGCACCACCACAACUCCUCGCACAACGACGACGGCUGGCACAACAACGACGCCUGGAAUCACCACAACUUCUGGGACCACCACUACCCCAGGCACCACCACGACUCCAGGGACUACCACGACUUCAGACGCUACUACGCCGUCGCUGCCACCAGAAACGACAACGCCGUCGCCGGCCUCCGACACAUCAACUCGGCAGGAGACGCCCAGCACACCUACUCAAUCCCCGUCCUCCACCUCAACAACGCCACCGCCAAGCUCCGACUCAACUACCCCGUCUCCAACUCCCACGCCGUCUCCAUCGUACACAUCAACUCUAACCACUACCCCGUUACCCACGUUCAACCCAUCAACUACGCUGCCUACUCCGGAGACGAGCACGCCGCCUACUCUGGGCACAAGUACUUCGCCUACCCUGGACAUAAGCACGUCAUUGGACCCCUCGAACAAUUCUUCAAACUCUCCUCAGGAGACACCCAGCACUACGCCGACACCAAGCCCCGAGACGAGCACCCCGCGGAAGUCGGAAACUGCAGGGCCGACCACGACGUCGACGAAAGACGUGACCACGACACGGGAGACAGCCAAUUUGUCAUCAUUCGCACCGACGCCCAAGCCUUCCCCCACGCCUACCAGCGUUUCCACUCCAUCGUCCGAUCUGGUUCUGAACUCUUCGGAGGCGCUGCCUCCUGUACCGUCCUCUAACUCGGAGAGCGAAGUUGUGGUCGAGAUUGAGGUGGUGGUCGAGGUGGUGGUCGAAGCUGUGCCUGGGCCGCCUAGUCCCACAUAGGAGAAACAGCUCUGUCUCCUAGCGGCUCCAUCUCGAGCACGAGGAUAGCACACCCCGAUAUCCCGCCCACAAGGUGCUGCCGUAGGUUUGCCACUGUAAGCACCGCAAGGUUAUGUGACUAUUCUUCCGGCAGUGACAGACCAAAGCCCGUAUUCGAGAGUACCGUGAAGUUCCUGCCGACCUCACACCGGGAUGGAGUUGGAGUUACGUCCGCGGUUUCUUCUAGACAUACCCCACGAUGGCUUAUCCCUCAUCUCAUCGUAGAUUGUAGAGCACCCAUCAUCUCCAUGCAUGACAUCUC